AUGCGGUCCAUACUCAACACUUCAGUCCCAACACAGCGGCCAGUGUUGUCCACCUCGGCCUCGGAGCCUUUGAUACCGAUCAGCAGGGACUCUCUAUACCCGCGAUGUCGACCGGCGUUUAUCUGCAGCUUCUGCCACCAGGCGCACCGGUCCCCAGCGCACGUCGUCGGCGAGUCUGCGCGCCUCACGUGCGAGGGCUGCUACCGGGCCCUGAUAGACCUCGCCGUGUGCUGGAAGUGCGGUGAGCUGGUGUACCGGGGCGAUGCCUGCGUCAGCCUCGGAUGGUGCUUCUGGCACCGUGUCUGCUUUGGAUGUCUGUUCUGUGGUGGGAAGACGAGCUUGCAAGAGGCGUGGGGAGGAGAUGUUUGGAAAGAUGACUGGUGGGAAGAGACUGGCGGUAGCAGAGGUGCUGCGGUCGAGCUGAACGAGAUCCCGCUGUGUCAAUACUGUCUCCUGAAAAUCGCGGGGGAUGGUGCCGAUGAGGAUGAGAUCGUUCGCUUGGCAUUGGAUUCGGCCCGCAAGGGGGAUGUAGAACUGAUUCGGGCAAGGUAUCAGAAGAACAAGCAGGCGACUUUGGGGUCCCAUGCAGUCAUGCCCGAAGCCCAGGAUGAGCCAUAUGAUCGGCCUGCAUCACCCAAGGAAGUGGCUGUUAAGGUCAACACUACAUACCCUGAUCAUAUCAAGAAGGAUAGGGCAACUAACAUGACCAAAGAGGGCGGCAAGAACACCGACAAUAUGUCUUUAAGCACCAUUUAUGUCUCCAUGUCAGAUCCUCUGAAUGGGCCAAGUUUCAAGCCAAGUCCUACCAAGUCUAUUCCACUCCAAAUGCAACCGUUUGCCCGACAUGUUAGCUUGGAUGAUGGAAUUCCACCAAGGAAACAAUCUUCCUGUCAAAAACAUGCCGUCUCUUCCCCGGUGACACGAUCAGCAUCAGUAGUCUCACCGACUGCGUAUAAUAUAUACAGGGCAAUGGGCACUGACAAGCUGCCAAGUUGCUCAAGCCAGGAUACUCUAAAACGCACGAGUUUGACAUCUUCAUGUGUCACGGACACCCCAAUGCCUCAAAUCCGACGGCAAAGGUACUCCUACGUCAGCAACGAGCCAAACCUGCGACCCUCGCUGCAUAGUCAGAGCUGGCGGCACAUGCAGCGAAGACAUGUAUCAUUCCAAGGUUUCUCGGCCGACCAAGAACCUCGACCGCCAACUCGGAUGGACACGCCUCCAGGCCCAGUAAUCCCAGAAGGGAGUACAUGCGCACCAGAGUACGAGACGCAUGUACCGUUGUCUAUCGAUGGUCAUGAUCCCUUGGGUACAGACGUUUCUACCACGCGUACAACAAAGAACAAAGUCACUCAAGUGGCUCACGAGCAACCGCCUGUUCCUCCCACCAUCUCCAAAACGAAGCACUCUGUAUCCGAUGAUAGACGACAGAGCCAAUCCCGGAUCCCCUUGCCUGCAAGUGACCAGUCUUCCAAGUUGCUUGACCGGUCCAGGCCGUCGUGUCAGCUCAAAAGUCUACGGUCUUGA